AUGUCGGAGUUGGUGGUAUGUCGGAGUUGCUGGGUCCGACUUGCUAGUGCAAGUCGGCCCCAGCAAAGCGAGGAAUUGCCGACGGGUAUAUGCGCCGCUUCUAAACCCGCUUCAACCUGGUAUCCCACUCAAUUGAUUGAUGUGGGGUUGUUGGACGCUGAUGCGGAAAACCGUCCCCGGCUCGUUAUAACAUCCGAAGCUUCGAUGGACGGGCGGGGGCCAUACGUCAGUCUCAGUCACUGCUGGGGUAGAGUCAAACCAUUAACAUUGACUACCGGGACUCUUGAUCAAUUUUUAAAUGGUAUCGAUUUGACACUUGUACCUGCAACCUUCUUGGACGCAUUCAAGCUGACUCGGGCAAUCGGUUUUCGUUUCAUUUGGAUCGACUCUCUCUGUAUCAUUCAAAAUUCAUUGGACGACUGGGAAUAUGAAGCAGGAACUAUGUUGCGAGUCUACCAAAAUGCCUACUGUAACAUCGCUGCAACGCAUUCUCGCAAUAGCAGCCAAGGCCUGUUUCGCAGCCGCAAUCCUAAAGCUUUAUUCGUAGUGCUUUACUUGACGAAAAUUCAAGAUCUAAAUGGAACAUUCGAGCUGCCCAAUAAUGAUCAAUGGGAAACAGACAUUGACGAUGCGCCUCUAAAUCGCCGACCGUGGGUGGUCCAAGAACGGCAAAUAUCAAAACGCAUUCUUCAUUUUGCAGCGGAUCAAAUUUACUGGGAUUGCUACCAGUCACAUAUUGGCGAAGCGUUCUCCCAUCCUCCCAGUAGUCGCAGGUUAGCGACCAAGAAAAAUCAAGGCCCUCUAGAUAUGCUUAACGAAGAGAAAUUUUCGCACACAUGGGGUCAUACUGUCCACCAAUAUACAUCGAGCGGGCUUACUUUUCCGGAAAAGGACAAGAUUCUUGCAAUUUCGAGCAUGGCACAAUAUCUACAAGAAGUGUGGAGUGAUGAAUAUUGCGCUGGUUUGUGGCGGAAGUACAUCGAAAAACAACUUUGCUGGAGAAGUCUUCGCCAGCCUGAGAGAAAUUCGCCAAAAGUAUUGAGAGCACCUCGUGGUCUUGUCUCUCUUAUGAUGGUGCAGUGCAGCUCAACUAUCUUCCUGGUUGGCCUGAAACGCGACUGUUCAUACUUGUCAUCGAUGUUGAGGUACAGCAGGACAUAA